GCUCUGAGAAAUCGCGCUGUUGCUGCUCCCAGCUCCACCGGUUGGUUGUUGUUGCUUCUUCUUCGCACAUUUUUGCGUCUUUUUCUCUCCGAGGAUGAAGCCAUGAGUUCAGAGGAGCGCACACUUGAGCAGCUGAGACGAGCUCAAACGGCGGACGACGCGUGAAAGGAAGAAGAGAAAGUUCAUCCAAGAUAGCACGUUUAGUGUGGGAUAGAGGAUCGAAAACUCCGGCUCCUCCUGAAGUCUCCUUCCUUCUCUCUUCACCCACAGACCGAGCAUCCUCCCGGUUCUUCCCCUCACUUUCCGCUGCUUUUUUACGCGCAGCCAUCGCGCCCAAACCGCCCCGGUCCUCUCUUCACCAAGCUAACUAACUUUGUGUUUCUCUCUCGUGGAUCUCCUGCCCCGGUGCUUGUUCCGAGUCCAGAUUCUGCUCCAGAGCACCGUGAUCCUCCGCAGAGUCUCCAGGUGCCGCAGCCGCACAGCUCAGCCCUGGAUUCAAUACUGCUGAUCAAUGGACAGAGCCUCAGUGGGCAGCAGCGCCACAGACACGCCAUAAACAACUCGUUCUCUCUGGCUGGAGCUCCUCUGGGGGUGUGGAGGAGGAUGGAGCGAGGAGGGGAGAGUCCGAUCACCCAGGACAGUCCCGAGCGGAGGGGAGGCAGCCCAGACCUCAGCGGACUCCCACCGCCAGGGAAGAAGAGCCGGCUGGAGCUCAAUGGUAGCCCGACUGGGCCAAGAAUACGCCACAACGGAGCCCCACUGAGACCCCUAGGAGGUCUGAUGAUUCCAGUUUUCUGUGUGGUGGAGCAGGCGGAUGGUGGGAUGCAGACAGACGGAUGUGAGGGUAGAGAGGAGCACGCUGAGUUUGUCCUUGUCAGGAAAGACAUCCUCUUCUCUCAGCUGGUGGAGACGGCGCUGCUUGCCCUCGGAUACUCCCACAGCUCGGCCGCACAGGCUCACGGAAUCAUCAAGGUUGGGAGGUGGAACCCUCUGCCCAUCCACUUCCUGACUGACGCACCUGAAGCGACGGUCGCUGACAUGCUGAUGGAGGUCUACCACAUGGUCACGCUACGUAUUCAGCUACAAAGUUUUUCAAAGUUGGAGGAUCUGCCCUGCGAGCAGUGGAACCAUGCGACGGUCAGAAACGCUCUCAAAGAGCUGCUGAAGGAAAUGAACCAAAGCACUCUUGCGAAAGAGUGUCCUCUGUCACAGAGUAUGAUUUCCUCCAUAGUGAAUAGUUCGUACUACGCCAAUGUCUCCACUGCCAAAUGCCAGGAGUUUGGUCGCUGGUACAAAAAAUACAAGAAAAUUAAAGUAGAUUACCUGGAGAAGAUGUGGUCUGGACGGGAACCCUCUGACAUCAAAAUAGAGAGAGACAACAUGGCUGACUUCUGCGUCCUAGGUCAGAGACCCCCUCCUCACCUGGCGGGCCUGGCUCAGCUUGGUCACCUGGGGGCCGGUAGUCCCCUCCUGAAGGCUGGAUCAGGAGACCCCCAGACACCGUCCCAGCCUCCUCAGCAGCCCCCUCCUCCCCAGCAGCAGCCCUCACCUCACGGCCCCCUCCACCACAGCCCUCCUCUCCGUACGGGCCAGGUGCCUCCCCCACCUCCACCGCCUCUGCCAGGCGCCCUGCAGCCCCUGCUGGGUCCAGGUGGGAUCCUGUCCCCCCAGCUAACCCCUCAGAUGGUCCGCCAGCAGCUGGCCAUGGCCCACCUCAUCAACCAGCAGCUCGCUGUUGGCCGCCUGCUGGCCCAUCAGCACCCACAGGCUAUAAACCAGCAGUUCCUCAACCACCCGCCCAUCCCUCGAGGGUCGUCCAAAGGCGGAGGAGACCAUCCCAGCAACCCAUCAGCUGCUGAAGUCUCAUCUGAAAUCUACCAGCAGGUUAGAGACGAGCUGAAGAGAGCCAGCGUGUCCCAGGCCGUGUUUGCUAGGGUGGCAUUCAACCGCACACAGGGUUUACUGUCAGAGAUCUUACGUAAAGAGGAGGACCCUCGCACGGCCUCUCAGUCUCUACUGGUCAACCUGAAAGCGAUGCAGAACUUCCUGAACCUUCCUGAGGGAGAGAGGGACCGGAUCUAUCAAGAGGAGAGAGAGCGCACCAUGAACCCGUCUGUUGGACUUCCUGCAUCAAACUCGUCCAACCCUGGCACACCACGCCUCUCACAGAAAGUGUGGGAGAGGAGCUUGGAUGACCAGAUAACCCCUGAUACCUGGGCCUCCAUCUGGAAGAACAAGACCAAGAUCUCCAACUCGCCAAAGCCAACUGGGCCGAAUCCUGACCUCCCCAUGAAGCUGGACUCGCUGGUCAACAUCACAUCAGGGAUCUAUGACGAGAUCCAGCAGGAGAUGAAGAGGGCCAAAGUGUCUCAGGCGCUGUUUGCUAAGGUGGCUGCCAACAAGAGCCAGGGUUGGUUGUGUGAGCUGCUCCGAUGGAAGGAGAACCCCAGCCCAGAAAACCGUACUCUUUGGGAGAACCUGUGUACCAUCCGGAGGUUCCUGACGCUGCCACAGGCCGACAGAGACCUGGCUUACGAGGAGGAGUCCCGCCACCAUCACACAGAGAGGCUGCACACCGUCCUCCACCUGCCACAGGACACACAGCUCUUCUGUCUUUCUCGCCAGGCGCUUCACCGACCGCCUCCGGUCCCUAUGAAGGAGCACCGUCUGUCCCCGAUGAGAGAAGAACCGUCAUCUGCUCCGCAGAGUGAGGAGGGAUCCCAGACUGUUGGGGGAGGUGCUGCAGGAGGAGGAUGUCCACCUGGAGCAGGAGGAGGUGCUGGGAGCAACAAGAAGCCACGAUCACGCACUAAGAUUUCCCUGGAGGCUUUGGGGAUCCUGCAGAGCUUCAUCCAGGACGUAGGUCUGUACCCGGACCAGGAGGCCAUCCACACCCUGUCAGCCCAGCUCGACCUUCCCAAACACACCAUCAUCAAGUUCUUCCAGAACCAGCGCUACCACGUCAAGCACCAUGGCCGCCUCAAGGAGCUGGGCGAGGGAGCUGCAGCCAGCGGCGGUGUGGAUGUCAGCGAGUACAGAGAGGAGGAGCUGCUGUCAGGAUCAGAAGACCCGGAGUCCAGUGAGGACGGAGCAGAGGAAAUCUACCAAUCCACGGAGGGGAAUGGAGGAAACCAGCCACCACCCUCCUCAAGCUCCAACUCCAGCCAGUCGUCUUCAGGGAGCAACGCCGCUCCAGAGGAGGGCAAAGACAAGGGGCACAGCCGACCUGGAGGUGCUCUUGCACCAGGGAGCUCCUCAUCUAGUCCCAGAGAGCAGGCUGACUACCAAAGGUAGAGACUGACUCUCAGAGAGGAGAGGAAACGUGAUGAUAAUAGAGAAAUGAGUCAAUGGAGAAGUGGCUGCAUACAAAUUGUGUGAGAGUAAACAUCCAUGUAGGCACGGACUAAACAAGAAACUUUUAAACUGACAAACUGCACAGACUCUUUUAUGGUGACAAUCUCAGACAGAUCUGUGAAAACCUGACAUGUGGAGUGAAAUUACCUCAGCAGGUUUGCAGUGCUGUAACACAGAAGUGGUCGUGCAACUGUGAAAGACAGUUUUCCCAAAAUUACUUCACUUGUAAACUCUUAAGAACUGGUUGCUGCUCAUUCCUUCAACCAACAAAGAGACAUCAAAUUAUCGCCAUGGAUCUGACUUUGUUUUCACAACUCCAAGGACGCUGGAUUUUCCCAGCCUUUUCUCUAAAUUUGAGCACAGUCACAUCACACGUCCUCCUUUACAUGCUGGGCCAAAUUGCCCCAAAAAGUGACAUUUAUAAACUGGAUCUGGGAACUUAAAACCUCUCUACAAUCCUAUAAAUCCUCAGGAUACACACUGAUGUUGCUAAUGCUGUUGCCUGCCUGAGAACAUGGAUAAAAGGCUUUCUGUCUACGAGCUUCAUCUCAUCAAAAGAAGAGAAGAAAUACUGAUGAAAUCAUCGCCUCGCCUCACAGACGCACUCCAGAAUCACUAGCAGUCUUUUUUAGCACUUAUUCACAAAAACACUGUGGAUGUGAUGUACUAAAGCCUCAACUCCUGCGUCUCCUCUCUUGGACAGUUUUUGCACGAGGACAGCAGAGACAAAUCAUGAGGAUGUGGCGUAAAUGGACAGUCAUGAAUCUUGGGAACACCCGAUUUAACGCAGCAAAGAAAAAAAAUCAAGAAAAAGGAAGGACAGAGCGGAGAUUCGGCAACCAAACAAUCAGUCACUUUAUGUGCGGUAGUUUCGCUCUCCCUCUCCUCCCUCCAUCUCCCCCGUCUCCCUCUCUAAUUGAAGCCCACAGUCUUGUGUUUCACCACACCUACCCGCACUUAAACUUCACCAACCCUAUUUAUUGCUAUCUUUAUCCAUGAUUAUUAUUAUCAUUAUUGUUAUUAUUGUUGUUAUUAUGGUUAGAAUUGCUGUCAUUGCGUGCUAUUUUUAGUUUUAUUUCCAUGGUUUUUAAAUAUUGGUUUUCAGAGCUGGGCGGUUUGUUUGGGCAACAAGAGGCAUUAAGAGCGCUCUGCCCUGAAAGACGAGGACCAAACGGAGCGGAGCGGGAAUAAAAAGGAAAAAGAAGCAGUUACUGAGUGUUAUUGGGUAUUAAAAAUUCCUGUCAUGUUGUAUUAUGUCAUUUUUUUAUCAUUGUUUCCAAAAAAUAUUGGAUAAGAGAAAUAAGAAAGUGAAACUGCCGUUUCACUGAUGUUGAUGACAAUCUACUUUUUUGAGCCAUUAAAGAAAAGUGGCAGGUUUGACUCUGUUCUUCACUUUUGAUGUCUGUAAAUACCCGACAUGGGAUAAAUUGUUAUUGAUAUACUUUUUUUUUUUUUUUUUUGCUGAGUGACUAUACGUGUUUGAGCCAAUUUGGAGUAAGAAAAGUGCUGUUCCUUUUUGUUUUUCUUCAGGAUAACUCAGUGAAAACUGUUCCUUUCAUUGUGAUGGCAAAUUCAAUCACAAGAGUAUUUAAAAAAGGAUUCAUCAGGGCUGCUUUCUGAAAUACUAAUGUUUCAGUUAUUAGUAGAAAAGACCCCAAGGCUCGUAUUUUGUCAGUCGAAGCAGGAACAAUCUCAAAAGGAUUCAAAGUUUACAUUACUAGGUUUGUAGCAGAACCAAAUUUUUAACAAAGCUCCCGCUUUAAAAGUUACCCAGGAGUCAGAGAGUGGUUCAACAUUAGGAACCUGGGCCCAGGUCCGAGGACACUUGACCCUAAAGAGUGGUUCAUUUGACAUGCUUGAAGAGGUGGUCUCGAGCGUGGUUCAUACUCCAGCACAGCCCACCAGAGAUAUGAACCAUGUCCAAACAAGGAAGUGAUUGCUAGAUGACAGCAGGUUGCUGUCAGCAAGUAGAGUCAUGAAAGCAACUGUAAACAUCACCUGUCUAAACCAUGCAGCACAGGCUGUUUUAUCCUUUGAGCUCCACAGUAGAUGUGGACGUAGAAAAAGAGUCAUUGUUGAUGUCUCAAAAAUGAUAAAAACAUCCAUAGAAACAGGAUAGACUCCGUUGUUUGCACAGGGCAUGAGCAAAUGUUGCCCACUUAAUGAUAAGAGUGGUUGCCGUGGUUGCGUCUUCUUCUUGGCAUUACAUGUUCAGGCACAGAACGAUCUUACCAGUGUGAAAGCAGACCCACAGGAGAGAAGAGAAGGGAGAAAUUGUGCUCGGGCACAGUACAAAACAAGCGUACCUAAUAUGAAAAACCUGCCCAAACUUUGUACAUGCAGCUUUAUGUUAGAAAAAACUUUAUAUUUGCAACACUGUUAUAUACAAGGUAUCUUGGGGGCAUUAGCUGAGCUACAGCUUGUUGUAGUUGCACAGCUUGCUUUUGGUGAAAGGUUUCUUUGACUGGGAGCUUAAAAAUCUGCAGGGAAGUUGUUUGAUUCUUAACAAAAAGUGUAUAACCCAUAAAGCAGUAUCUAAAAAAAUGCUCUUUGACAGGCACAGGGCACAGGGAGGGGCUGCUGGCUGAGCUGCUGAUAGCUUGUUUGCAGCAGUGGAGCUUUUUUUGUCAUAUGCCUCCUCCUUGCUAAUGCAAACACACCUGAUGAUAAAAACCUGCAUAAACUGGGUUAAAACAGGUUUACAUAACAGUCAUUGUGUCUCCAGUACUCUUAGGUAGACAAGAGGUAUUGGGCUAGAUUGCAAACUGAGCUACCACAAGCCUGGUUUUAGCCACUAUGGUACUUUAAGAGCCAGAAUCAGUUCAUGUAAUUAAUUCAACAACUAAAAUUAAACCUGGUUUAGCUUUUUCUAAAUGGGUGUAAACAAAGCAUCUUAGUGGGGGCUGCUAGCUGAGCUGCUACACACUUGUUUUAUAGUAGCUCAGAUUUUCUGGGACUUUUUGGAAUGGUGUUAAUAAUCCAUAAGCUUACAUUGAAGCUUGUUUUAAAGAAAUCACAAACAGGUUUUAGGUUGAAAAUAUUUUUUUCUGGACACUGGUGUACAUAGGACCUCAGAAAGGACUGCCCAGUGAGCUGCUACAGACUUAAUUGCUUGUUUACAAGUGUUUACUUUUAGCUAUAUUAUCCUGACAGUUCUUUUCUUUAAAAUAGAAACACCAAGGGACUUAAGUAGUUAUGAUAUCUAACAUAUAACUACCAUAUGCCUUUUCAAGGCAAAUACCUUAGGAGGGGCUGUGAGUUGAGCUGCUGCAAGCUUCUUUGCAGCAUUGAAGCUUCAUUUUACAUGGCAAACUUAUCUAAAGUUCCCCCUCAAUCUUAAACACACAGAUCUGACAUAAUGCCAGUUAAUAGAUAGUUUAGACCCCAGAGGGGGCUGUGAGCCAUGAGCAAAUCAUCUAAAACAACUUGAUCUGGCAAUUAACACUAGUACAUAGAUAAUCAGGACGUCACAGGGGGCUGCUAGCUGAGCUGCUUCGUUCUGUGGGACAAAAUCCAUCAGCCUUAAUAGUUUAUACAGUAAAUAAAACUAGUAAAAACAUAAGAAGUACAAGUUUAAGGAUGAAAACAUGGCUAUGUCUAGACAUGGAUACACAAAAGCCCUCAGAAGGGGCUGCUAGCUGAGCUGCUUCAGGUUGUUUUUAGCAGUAUAACUUAAAUGUUCUAUGGCAAAAUCAUCCAAGUUCCCCCUCUCUCUAAAACAAUCUGAUCUGGCAAUAAAAACCAGUUAAUGGAUGAUCAGGAUCUCAAAGAGGGCUGCUGGCUGAGCUGCUACUUAGUGGUUUUUGGUGAUUAGUUUAUGUAGGAAUAAAUACAUCAGCUUUAAUAGUUCACAAUGUAAUCAAAACUAAUAAAAGCAUAAAAUUUGAAAGUUUCAUGUUCAAAAAAUUACAAUUUUCUGACCCAAGUCCAGCCAGGCCCUCAGUAGGGGCUGCGAGCUGAGCUGCUCCAAGUUAUUUGCAGCAAUAUAACUUCAAUGUUCCAUGACAAAAUGAUCCAGAGUUCCCUUUCUCUCUAAAACAAACUGAUCCGGUAAUUAACACCAGUAGAUGAAUAAUCAGGAUCUCAGAGGGGACUGCUCGCUGAGCUACUCCUACCUUUUAUCCUCUUGCUAGUCCAGUUUUGAUUGUUGAGCAAGGUCCCCAUAAGACAAAUUAAUCUCAGUUCUAAAAACACUUAAAAAGGUUUAAAGAAUACGUAUUUAAUGCUAAAAAUAUUAUUUCCAGUCGCUUAGACCUCCAGGACCUUUGAAGGAGCUGCUAGAUGAGCUGCUUUAAGCUUGUUUCUUUGUUGCAGCUCAUUAUAAGAAUAGGAUUCCUUUGAAUUUAAUUGCUCACAAUGGGAUUUUGGUUGUACCAAAAUACAAUAAAACUAUAAAUUUGGCACUUUCAAGUUAGAAUUUUUUCUUUCUCAACAGCCUUCAGCAGCACUUUAAGGAAAAUGAGCCAACGAGUCACAAACUUUAGCUCAGUAACUUGUAUGGUUAAACUGCAUCAUUAAAAUGACUCUGAAGUGAAUAAAAACACAAAGUUAGUAGUCACUGGCUAUUUUUGAAUUCCCAGCAAAUAGCUGGAGCUUGGUGAAGGUGGAUAACAAGGGAAUGGUGAGGGUAGAUAAAGGGGUUUGUUUUGGCGUUCAAGUAUGAAUAUUUGGAGCUCUCAGUAAUCAGCCAAAUCUGAUUCGACUGGCAAAAUUCAGAGUGGGUUACAGCCCUCUAAUUCAUACUGUUCUCUUGUUUAAUGUCUGGUGCAGUUUUGUAAAGAUAUAGGAUACGUUCAAACAAUCUCUUAGAAUGGAUGGCGUCUUCUUGUUGGCUGCUACACUCAAACAUGACCUGCCUUUUACGUAAUCACUCCGUCUGAUGAUAUUGUGCUUUUCUGUAUGACAGGAAUCAGGGUUUGACUUAAAUGCCGUUCCAAUGAAAUCUAAGUUCAU